AUGGGCCAUGCCAUGCUUGCGCUGAUUUCAUGGCUCACCCUGCAGCUUGUCUCAAGCAUCCAGCCAACGGAGCAAGGCCCAUCUUCCACUUCGGCCCCAGGUUUUCUGGGGUCGUUGCGAGGCCAUGAGGCAGGGAUCUACGCCCUGGCGGUCUCGGAUCAGUUGGUGGCGUCCGGGUCCAAGGAUGGCUCCAUUUUGACUUGGAACCUCACAGGCGCCGCGAUGCAAGACGCGUCGGAUGGCGCCAUGGAAACGCCUCUUCAAAAGUUGUCGGGCCACGCGGCGGGCGUCACGGCCCUGACGUUGCGCGACGAGUUGUUAGCCUCGGGCGCGGCGGAUAACUCCACGAAGCUGUGGAACGUGGCCACGGGCGAGUUGGUACGUCAGCUUCCCCAUCCCAAGACCGUUUUUGGGCUUUCGAUCUCAGGAAAACAACUGGCGAGUGCCUGUUGGGAUGGUGUGGCGCGGAUUUACGACUUGGAGAAUGAAGUUGAGCCCAUGGAACUUCGCGGGCAUACAGGCGGCCUCUAUGAGGUAUCACAUAGCCCACUGGAUCCCACACUAUUGGCCACUGCCUCUGCUGACAGGACUGUGCGAGUCUGGGACUUGAAGACAGGGCGGCAGCUGUGGAAGUUCAUGCACAAGGACCAUGUCACAGCCCUGGACUGGUCGCCCGUGAACUUCACCUUGGCCACCGGCGGAUGGGAUCGGAGGUUCCGCAUCUGGAAGAUCCACGCGGAGGAAGUGGCGAAGUGCCGCGGCGGAGUCUGCGGAGACUUGCUUUUCCCGGAGCACGUGGCGCGGCAUCCGCAGCUGCUGUGGUCGGUGGCCUUUGCGCCCGAAGGGCGGCAGGUGGCCGCCUGCCAUGGUGCCGUGGGGCAGUCGCCUGCGGUGGUGGUCUACGAGGUCUCCACCGGGGAGAGGCUCCGGCGCUUGGGGCGACACAAAGAUACGCCGCUGGCCUUGGGAUUUUCGCCCUCCGGGGAAUAUCUGGUGUCUGCUGGCAUGGACCGCAAAGUCUUGAUUUAUUCGGCGACGGAGCACUUGGAUGACAUGCCGCUGGGUGAUAAGGACGAUGCCGAAGAGAGAUUGAACUGGCUGCACGAUCUGGAAGAUCUGCGGGGUGGGAGUCGAAAUGCAAGUAGCAUUGCAGAUCUUGCACGGGAAUUGGCCCGUCGGAACCGCUCAAAGACCAGAGGCUCCAAGUCCGGCUCUUUCCGUGCCAUGCCUGGCGUGGCGUUCCUGUGA